CAGAGCAACGAGGAUAUAGUGCGGUCGCUGGCGCUGCUGCGUGCCUUUGCGUUCGCCAUUUCCGUUGCAUAUUCUCUGCGUGAUGUCCUCCUUCUGUCUUCCGGUCGAACAACUGAGUCGACUGCGAGUAUCGAUUCGCGUAUUCAGAUCGGGUGGCUUUUCCUUUAGCUUCGAGCACCAUGAUGGAGACCAAGCAGUGAUGGAUGAUUUCACCAGUCAUCCUUACCACUCUUCCCCAUAUACAGUCCAGAUAGAAGCACUAGAAGACUCGGAUGGACAUGUUUUGCAAGUUUCCAGCCUGUGCAACCGGACACCACACCUAGCUCCGUCGAUGCAGAACCACUCCGAGUCGAGCGACUUCCACAGCACAAUCUCGGUGAUAACACCAGGAGAACAUUCCAACCUGUAUACUGGUGACCCUCUGCUCGAUCAUUUCUCGGGAGUGCCUUUGGCAGGUCGGUGCAGUAUUUUAUCCAGGACCGUCAAUACUGAUCGCCGCAUACUAGGGUUCAGCUUUCCGACCGGCGUAGAACAAAAUCAGAAUCUAUAUGACACUUCAACGACCUCGGAUGUCCCCGAACGAUAUUAUGAGUACUUCUCCGGCAACAUACCAGCACAAUCAACAACGGCACCUGGCGAGAGCCUGAGAAGACCCGAACUCAACUUUCCAGUCGCUGACGACAACGUCAACGUACUUGGCCGCUCGUCCGUUCCCGUCAAUCAGAUGUGGAUGCAACCCGACCCCGCGGGAGCGUCUCAGUCCGAUACUCAAAAUGGUGAUCAGGCUGUGGAUAACAGCUCCAUCAUCUUCGUCGAUUCGUCACAUCCCUCGUCCACGUCCAGCACUCCCGACCCUCUGAUCCCUUCAGAAGACGAGCCAGUGCCGACGUCUUCUCCGGAGGCUUCCUCGUCGAGGCGCCGCAAGCGCAGCUACGCUUGUCCAAAAUGCCCGCACCGCUUCACCAGCGAGUAUACCCUCAAGGUGCACCUGCGUGCGCACAAGCCGAAGCAGCCCAAGGCGCUCCCGUGCACGAUGGGCUGCCAGGAGCACUUCUCGCGGCAGCACGACCGGCUGCGGCAUGAGGUAACGAAACAUAGGCGAGUCUGCGAGUGGGUCUGCGAGGAUUGCCGCAAGUUCUUCUCGUCGAAGCGGACACUGUCCAAUCAUAUUUGCCGGACCACAGGCGGUUUCAACCGAUGGGGGAUUUAG